AUGAACAAUAAUAUCGGUGUCCCUAGAUCAACCAAUUUAUUGGGAUGUAGCCGUUCCAACUACAGAUGUUAUUUGCCUACUGAGCUGUCCGAUCUUGGACUUAAUGGAAAGAUAACCAGUAUUGACAAUCGUGUUUUUCAAGAUGCUGAUGAAGCUAGUGCUGGUAAUAUUACUCAAGAUGACUCAUCGCAGUAUAGAAAGAUAAGAGUUACCAUACCAAAAUAUGACUAUACAGUCCUAUAG